ACAGAGAUAUGCACCUGCCAGGCCUCAGGCGAGGUUGUCUGUGAGGAGUCCCAGUGCACCCAAGAGGAGGAAUGCAUGGUCAGGAAUGGGAUGCGCAGCUGUGUGCAGCAGAUGGGCCGGUGCACACUGGCCCCGGGAGCAUGGUUCACCUCCUUCGAUGGUGUCACAAGGAAAGUCCUCCUUGAUGGGGCCUAUGAGCUGACUUCUCUCUGCGAAGGGACCAACCUCCCCUGGUUCCGGAUGGUGGUUAUUGUGUUCAGAGGAGAUGACUUGGCAACUCCAGAAGGCAUCUACGUUUUCUUCGAUGAGGGUCUUAUCCAUAUCAAUAAGAAAAAGGAGGUCUGGGUGAGAGGUCACCAAAAGCAGUUCCCGGUGAUGUUGUCCAAAACUCUGUCUGUGAGCGAGUCUCAGGGCACCAUCAUGAUUGUCCAGGGCUCCAGAAUAAAGAUCCUGUUCAGCCUGAGCGGGGAGGUGACGGUGACAGUCAGCCAGAGCCUGGCCAACGAGCUGUGUGCACCUUGUGGGAACUUCAAUGGUGAUGACUCCGAUGACCUGCGGCUGCCCAGUGGGCAGGUGGUGGGGAACAUCACAGAGGUCUUUGAAGCCUGGAAGGCACGAGACCUCCCAAGAAGCAGUGUCUGAAAGCCGGCAGAGCCACCCCUUCCCUUCUCUGCACUGGGCUGGCCGGUCACUCAUCGCAGGUGACAGUGUGUGCCUUCCUGUGUGUGCGGCGCUCCCAGCAGUGCUGGGAAAUCGCUUCUGUACCUGUCAACAAAGACGUUUGCGGCAGAUCUGAAGCAGCCCACUCCGGCAUUUCUCGGGAAACGGCUUUCAAGUAGCACGUGAAUCCGCCUGCGCGGUUCCUUCACACCGCCCUUUACGGCCUUUUUAUGCUGCCACAGUGGAAUAAAGGAUCCUUGGAAAACUGCGA